AUGUCAGAAUCUAUGACGGUGUACAAGGAAACGCAGCUCGCCAAUCAUCCUUAUACACAGCUCAAGCCCGGCUACGACUCGGUUCAAGCUCAGGCCGAGGCCGCGACUCACCCGGUACAGAGGUUAAUUAAGAAAGUUCAUCUAACGAACAAAAUAGUGGUGCUAGUGGCUGACGUACUGUUUCCUACACUUCUGCAAGGUCAUUUUCCGCUUCAAGGGCCGUUGGCCAUUCAGGGCGAUCUGUCGUCCAUUAGGAAUGUCAUCCCUUUUCUAGAUAUAGAGUACUCUGCUGAGCGGCCCGUCCACGGCUCGGCCGCGGCCUACCAGAUUGGCCUUUGGAACUCGAGGCCGACCAAGUGUUCCGAUUUGAAAAUGUUGACGGGGUCCUUCGCUUACCAAUCUGCGAUCGGACCUCAACUGGUCCUCAAGUAG